AUGAUUAUCCCCAUUCGCUGCUUCUCUUGUGGCAAGGUCACUGGAGAUCUCUGGGAGCGCUACCUCAAGCUUGUUGACGAUGGUGCUACCGAUGGUGAGGCCAUGGACCAGCUCGGUCUCAAGCGCUACUGCUGCCGCCGUAUGAUCAUGACACACGUCGACCUUAUCGAGAAGCUGCUCAAGUACACUCCCGAUGGUCGCCACGAGAAGAAGGUCACUCUGCACCGAGGCUAG